UAAAGGGGCCGCAGCCAUUUUUUAAAGCUUCUUCCUCCUUUCUCUGAUCUCCAAUUUUGCAAGGAGGAGCCCAGAAGAGUAGGUUUCCGGAAGCCGAGCACAGCUGGAGCAGCCGGGAUCUCUGCUGGGUCGGCUGCGCCUACGGGGUGGGCGGAGGCGAGGCUCUGCCCAUCGGAAGGGCGGGUUGCUCGCGCCCCCUGCGCCCAGAGCACAUCUGGUUGGCCCAUGCUCCCGCCGGUUGCGAUCUUUAACAUCUGGGGCCGGGCGCAGGCAGCGGGGUCCAGGGCGCAGGAGAGGCGGCCGAUGUGCCGGGCCGGAGGGUGAGGCCGCGCGGGUGGGGCUGGGACAGCGUUAGCACCUCCGGAGCUGGUCCGGGGCGGCAAGUGGAACGCCGCGAUGCCAAGCGAAAAUAUCUUCCUUUUCGUGCCUAACCUUAUCGGUUAUGCCCGGAUUGUCUUCGCCAUCAUCGCUUUCUACUUCAUGCCCUGCUGCCCCUUCACGGCCUCCUCCUUCUAUCUGCUCAGCGGACUUCUGGACGCUUUUGAUGGACAUGCUGCUCGGGCCCUCAAUCAAGGAACCCGGUUUGGGGCCAUGUUGGACAUGCUGACGGACCGCUGCUCUACCAUGUGUCUGUUGGUCAACCUGGCCCUGCUGUACCCUCGAGCUACCCUUCUCUUCCAGCUCAGCAUGAGCUUGGAUGUGGCCAGUCACUGGCUGCACCUCCACAGUUCUGUGGUCCGGGGUAGUGAGAGUCACAAGAUGAUCGACCUGUCUGGGAAUCCAGUGCUUCGGAUCUACUACACCUCCAGGCCUGCUCUGUUCACCCUGUGUGCUGGAAAUGAGCUCUUCUACUGCCUCCUUUACCUGUUCAAUUUCUCCGAGGGACCGUUAGUUGGCUCUGUGGGGCUUUUCCGAAUGGGUCUCUGGGUCACCGCCCCCAUCGCCUUGCUCAAGUCCCUCAUCAGUGUCAUCCACCUGAUCACAGCUGCCCGAAACAUGGCUGCCCUGGAUGCGGCAGACCGUGCCAAGAAGAAGUGACCCUGACAACUCCUGGAACCUCCCACCUGAUUGGUCAUCUUAUUGUGCCACAUGGCUUCCCUCCCCCUCCCAGGAGGCCCAUUCUCAUGUCUUCCUAAUGUGUUCUCCAACCUGCAGGGAUGGGGGUCAGCCUCUCUUUGGUGUUGUCACGAUCUCUGUAACCCUGAAGAUUAGGCCCACCCUUGUGAUCCCCAAAGACCUGGUCUACAAAUCAAAAAGGAUGUUCAGGAUGCCCCUGUGUUUUCAGGCAGCCUAUUUGAGGAUUACGCAUCGCCACACAUGAGGUUGGCUCAGCCCUGGCUUCUGGCUUGGCCUGAGGUUUUAGGGACACUUGAGAGAGAUGGUGCAGGAGCCAUGUUUCCCAAAAGGCAGGUGAGUCAGAUCUCUGCCCCCUGCCACAGGAAGCCUGGGGCACCGUGCCCAGGAGGAAAGGGCCGUCUAGAUCCUUCCUAUGGCAGUCUACCGUCCGGUCUACCCUGACCUUGAAAGCCUUGAUAAUAAAGGCAACAGCUUCUCUCUUCUGGA